AUGCAGGAACGCGGGGCCAGCGUGGAACUUCCCUGCCACUAUAAAACCUCGGUUGACAAAAACUUCAUUCUGGAGUGGAGGUUUGCGCCAGGCUCUGCAGCGCCCGGGCAGGGCGAGCCGAUCCUCUACUUCACGAAUGACAAGCUGUACAAGCCCGGCUCCCAGGCCAAACGACUCAGCUUCCUGCACAACCCUCCCACCAUGGGGGAUGCGACCCUUCAGCUAGCUAACGUCCGCCCCUCGGACAACGGCACAUACAUCUGCGAGGUGAACAACCCUCCGGACUUCUACGGCAGUGGCUCGGGGCUCAUCCACUUCACCGUGCUGAUGCCUCCAUCUACCCCUGUUUGUAAAGGGACAGAAUAUACCCGGAUUGGGGGUGAUGCCACGCUGACCUGCAGCUCCGUGGAGGGGGUGCCUGCCCCUACUUACACCUGGUCACGGGUGGACUCCAAGACCUCAUUGCCAUUGGCCAAUAUGGUGCAAAAUGACCAAACCGGGAAGCUGCAGCUGACGAACCUCUCGCUGGCAUUCUCAGGGACCUACCAGUGCGUGGCCUCCAACCAGUUUGGCCAUGUCAGUUGCCAAGUGACAGUCAAUGUGGCAGGCACUGGGGAAGCUGGAGUGAUCGCAGGAGCUGUGAUAGGAGUGUUGCUGGUGGUCUUACUGCUCGGGGCAGCUGCGAUCUAUCUGUUCUGGUACAGAAAGGAGGAGUCCCGGUCCACAGUCACUGGGAACGAUAUAAGGGAGGAUGCCACUGCCCCGGGGAUCUCAGACGCCUCCUUGCAGAGACACGGCAGCGACCCCGGGAGCCGCCUCCUGAAGCAGCCGGUGUCGAGGCCAGAGUCUGCCAGCACCACCAAGUCCAGACUCAACAUGGUUGUGUGA